AUUUGCAAUAGAGUUGACGCUCUACCUAGAAGGGGUUCGUUACUGAGAAUUUUCCAUCUUCACAAUAGCCCCGUCAGCAGUUUUGCGAAAAAUCAAUUGAAAGUGAAAAUUUUCAAUUUGCUCAUUCCUAUUGGAAUUCUGUGAAUUUUCCGAUAUGUCUGCAACUGGUGAUUGUUUUAUAGUGCAAACUCCAAAUACUGCUGAAAACACCAUCAUCCUUGGACGCAAUGCGCUGGAUGCGGAUGCUGUGACAGAAACGCAAGAGGUUCACUACUACGAUGCUAGUACUGCACUCGAGGGCAAGCCCGAUGGUGGCGCAGAUGUUAUUAAAGCAAAUGGUGAAAUUAUGCGUGUGAUAUUGCAAAAAUCUCGAACUGGCGCUUGGGGCGGUGACGUCGGGGCCAACGACCGCAACGUAUCUGUAGCCGUGUCUUGGGCAGCGCAAGAGCCUGCUAGCAAUAGUGAUACUCUGUGUUCGACUGAUAUCGUACGUUUAACUUUAGCCAUCGCCAACAAUGCUGCAGAUGCAGUGGAACGCAUUGGCUUAUUGGUUAGUAAUCAUAGCCCUGACGAUGCGAAAUACAGUUUCGUUGUCUGUGAUCCUAGCGAAGUUUGGCUGGUUAGCAGCGGUGGUAAGUUGUGGGCAGCACAACGUGUCGCUGAUGGUAUGCUUCGUAUAAAGAGUACUGGACUUAGUGUAAAGACUACGAUCGAUAAAUCAAGUGAGGCAUUAGGAGAUGCACUCAAGGGACAGGGACUAUGGGAUGGAGAGGGAGACUUAAAUUUCGCCAGCUGCUUCAGUGCCGACGACGCCACAGAUAUUGAAUGGAGCGGUGACGCACCUCUUGGCGAUGGUAGCUACACAUUGACUAGCAUGUUUGAUACCCUACGUUCGGCUGCCGACGGUGCAACCGCUCGUUCGGCCAGUGUUUCUGUGCUUUCGACUGGCAUUUCAUGUCAUUGGUUUACAGCAACACCCAAUGCUAGCGAAUCAGUCUUCAAACCAUUUGUUUUUGCACAGAAUCCAAAAAUUUCACCACUCACCAAAGUGCCACCUGGAAACACACACACGCUCUUGCACAAAUUGCAUGCACAACGUAAACCAGCUGCCGUGGAAGAUUUGAAAGCCCUGGAAGCUGCUUGCGUUGAAGAGUUAAACACCUAUUUGGCCGAACAUCCAACUGCUGAUGAAGAGUUGGAUGAGCUGAUGAAAGACUGUGUGGAAGCAGAGGUUAAAUUCUAUCGUUAAAGAGGGCAAUAUAAUAAGAAUCGAACUUAGGACGAUAGUAUUUAGCGCUCUAUUUUCAAAAUAGAAACUGAAGAUAUGACAAGUGCAAACGAUAGAGAUGACUAUGAACGAAUAAACUAUAUAUAGGAUUAUCAUUGAGCAGCUUUCUAGUAGCUUGGUUCUUUUUCCCCGAGAAUAUAACAAAUAUCCGGGUUUCUGGCUUAAAAAUUACCGAAUUUUUAGUUUUUACAUUACUCAAGUGAUAUUUUCUUUUAAUUUUGUAAGUGAUUCCAUUUAUUUUCGCAUUUAAGUGAUUCUCAUAUAAUGGUCAUACGUAAUUUUAAGUCAAAAUGUCUGAUUUUUGUUAAAUAUAUUUUUACAUUGUCAUGUAUUUGUAAGUGUAGUUGCAUGAAAAUGCAUUACAUAUAUUGAAGUAAAUAUGUUAGUACUACUACGCUAUGAGAACUUCAAACUUAAGCCGCGAUUUCUUAUGUUAACAAUUUAAUUUUAGUGUUUAUGUGGUUAUAUGCAUAUGUAUAUGAUUUAGACUACUUUUGUUUUAUAGUAUACGCUAUUCACUGCCUCAGUUAUGCUUUUGGUGUGAGUUUUUCCUUUAUUUUUGUGAUCUUAUUUUAAAUAUAAGUAAAUUUAAAGUAUUCCAGUGCUCACAUGCAUUCAUUUAAUGAAUAUUAUUUAAUAACUUAUAGAAAUAUAUAUUAAUGAUCGACACAAAGGCACAUACACAAUAAAUAUCAUUCCACACAUAAGCUUGCAUCAUAAAAAUAAAUCUGACGAACUACGUACGUAUAUACAUGCUGCAUACAUGUAUUUGCUAAAAACUACAUUGGGAAUGAACAAAAAAAAACUUGCGAUAAGAAAUUAAUGCUAUGUAUUCCGGCAAUUAAGUUCCGAUUACUUAAUUGCCCCGAAAUCAAAUAAACGAAAAUAAUGAAAAAUCUCGAUGUACUCAUAUAACGAACUACACCGCGAUUAUAUAAAUUUCAUACGCAUUUACAUAUAUGUACAUACAUACAUAUUUAUAGGCAUACACAUAAAUAACUGCAUGAUUACGAUAAUGAAUAUGUAAUGCAUACAUAUAAAUCAGUAAUACCAUGUAGAUCAUAACAAAUAUUUACUCUUAUCCAAUUCAUUUAACGCUGCGCGCCGCACUGAAAGACGAAUAAAAACGAUUAUAAUUCAAAUAAAGCUAAAACGCAAAC